AUGGAGGUAAAAUGGUUACCGAUGUCGUAUUUACCUCCAACCAUCAAUUCCACAUUCUAGCUUUAUGGAGGAAAGAAACGACAGGGAGGUAACAGUGUAAUAUCGUGAAUAUAUAUAUAUGUUUAUUGACUUAACAAAAUAACAAGUUUGAUGACGAACCAUGCGAGGAUAUAACAAUUUUAUAAAUGCAACAACAAUAGACGGGAUGCGAUGACGGUCGUCACGAGGUUUUAUUCGGUAUGAUAAGUAUGGCAAAACGGUGGUUGAUCAGGAGUCGCUCGUGCGGGUAGUCGGUACCUUCCCGCCCUACAAAGUGAGCGGUUAUGCCACCUAGAAUAUGUUCUCCGUUUAUGUCAAUGGUCCGCCAACGCCGCCGAUGACUACCACCACACCGCCGCUAUUCGUGUGGGAGAAAUGCUUGCGUUACAGACAUGCUCAUUACGAGUUGCUGGCAUACCUAUUUUAUUUGUCGUGAACCACACUAUUCAUUAUUGUUGACUGUUGUCGGUACAUUUCACUGCUACCGUGUUUUCUUGGCUUCAACACCGUAAACCAAAUUAUCAACUCAAAUCAGAAAUGGCUGAAAACAAUGGAGAUGCUCCUCAAUGCGCAAUCAUGCUUUAUGUUAGAGACCUAGAUAAUUUUAAUCAUAUGCACUUCAAGAUCAAGAAUGUUGCUCCUUUAAAAAAGCUCAUGUUAAGUUACUGUGAAAGAACUGGUUUACAUAUGGAAAAACUACAGUUCCGCUUUGAUGGAAAACAACUAAAAUAUGAGGAUACCGCGGCAUCAAUGGGAAUAGUACAUGAUAAUACCAUUGAUGUCACCAAUGUGUUGUAUGGUUAAAACUGUAACUGUAAAAUUAUUAUUAAUAAAUAUUAAAGAAUAUAUAAAAAUUAGAAUAAUUUUGGUUUAGGGAUAUUUUAAUAAAAUAAGUUUAAUUAAACCAUUUAAACUUACUCAGAAAACACCUGUAUAGAUAUAGCUUUUAUAUUCACUCUCCAAAAAGUUUUUAUAUUUGUGUGAAUAAAAAAAAAAAUAACUAUACAUUAUAAUAUAUCGAUAAGAUUGUCACCAAUCCAUUGACAUUAUUUAUUGAAUACGAUUAAUAUAGUUUUAUUGCUUCAGCUACCAAGCACCCCCUCCUCAUAAUCACCGCUGGUAAGUAUAAAUACGUGUUACUAUAUCU